AGUAUGGUUUAGAUUUGGAUUCUAUAUAUUCAACACAGUUUAGAUAACGUGCCGCGCAACUACAUAGGGGCUUUAUCUGAACGUUCCUGGCUUGGUGUCUUCUAGCUCUUCUAUGGGAGCUAAGUCGUACAACGCAAUGUUUCAGCACUACGGACAGCGCCUAUGCACCUACUCCUAAAAAGGGGAGGGGAUCCUCUUGGGUUUGUGUAGGAAAGGCGAAGGGGAGGGGAAAAAAUAACUCCCAAUAGCGCAUGCAGCCCCCAGUUAAACCAAUACACCGUUCUCUCGAGUCUUUCCCUUGUAGGUUGAGAAGAAAGACGAAAGAAUUUAGUGCCUACUCUUCGACUGAGACUGCAGUCACCCAGCACAGCAAAAUGCCUGCGGCACAGCUACUGAUGCAGAGAGGAAAGGAAAACAAGGAUUUUUAACAAUAAAUACAUUAACCCCCCCACUGCCUUAGAAAGCCAUAUUGGUGAUGAACUCCGAUUGCUAACCUGCGGAACGUGAUAUGAGUGAAAACGAGCCCUUUUUUAUUUUUAUUUUAUUUUUCUUUUUGGCAGAGCUGAGGACUAGAUAGAGCCUGUUGCUGCUGUGGCCGAUUCCCUCCCCCCCUCUCACUCUCCAUCUCUUAUCUGUCUCACGUAAACGCGCGGUCAGACGCCCUCACAGACGCACACGCGCGCGCGCAAAUAUUUAUACACUGCCACAUCGAAGAAAUUCAUGCAUAUUUUCCUGCAAAUAUACUUGAGGGCGCACACGUAUUUCGCGGGCGCCCACGUCUUCUGUCACCUACAGAUACAGACUUACACACGUAGGCCAGGAAAGCGCUAACCGCUGUCCUGUGACUGCACGCAGGUUCCCAGGGCACGUCUUUUACAUUGUUACUGAAACGAUCAGCGAACACAGACAAACCUGCCAACACUUAAAUCUACUCGCUGGAUUUCAUCUCCAUGGCAACAAGCAUGGAAGGCCAAGAGGUCACCUCAGGAGGAAUUCUGAAGAGCCAAAAUGAUGAGACAGUGAAUAAUGAGUAGUACCUACUGUGGCAACUCUUCAGCUAAGAUGAGUGUCAACGAAGUAUCAGCUUUCUCAUUGACUCUGGAGCAAAAAACUGGCUUUGCUUUUGUUGGGAUUUUGUGUAUCUUCUUGGGACUUCUUAUUAUCAGAUGCUUCAAAAUCCUGUUAGACCCAUAUAGUAGCAUGCCUUCCUCUACAUGGGAAGAUGAAGUUGAAGAGUUUGAUAAAGGGACAUUUGAAUAUGCACUUGCCUGAGUGCUCCAGCUUUUCAGUGUUUAGGGUUAUAUCACUGGAACACAUGGUGGACCCAAUUGUAAUUUCCUUCGGCGUGCUGGAAGAGGCUCUUUUCAUUCACCGAAUCCAAUAAAUGUGCAUGGCUAAUUUAUCCACCAUGCCCUGUAAAUGAUAAACCAUCUUUGGGGUUUCUCACUUUCCUCUGUCUUCACAUCAAGAUUUCUAAUGAAUAGAGCAUAAGGAUUGCUCCAGCCAUACGUAUACUAUCUUCAUUCUUAUCUCAACCAUCUGCCUUGAAUCUCUGUUUCCUUUUUGUGCC